AUGAUAGUAGUUAUCGUGGCGAAAUACGUGGAGAAGUUCGAGACGGUCGAUGCUAGUGAUAUCGAGGAGGAGAUGACCGAUAUGGACGAGUUGCAGGCAACCGUCGUUACCAUAGCAACGGACGUCGACGACCACGAGGUGAUCGUCGAGGCGAAUUACGUGGAAAAAUUUGAAACAAUUGAUGCGAGCGACGUAGAUGAGAUGACCGAUAUGGCGGAGUUGCAGGUGCAGUUGCACUGA